CUCUCAAACCAAUUUUCUCCCUCGCUCUGGUACACAACAGAAAUCUUUGUAAGGAAAACCCAAUCCAACAUCAAUCUCGAUCGAUUCAUGGUAGCUUAAAUCUUAGCCAUCUUCUUCUUUCCCUUAUUUGCAGACUCCUCUUCGAUAAGCUCGACGAGCUUCUAACUGUUCUGUUCAAUGAAUCAACCCUAAGUAUUCAUCUCACUUUGCCUAGGCAGCAACACAGGCGGUUUAAGCGGAGCCUGUUAUCUCUUUAACCCAAAAGCUGAAGAGAAAAGUUCAAGGCCAAGCCUACUGAUUACUACCACUUCUCCACUCACGAAGAGAUGGAUCUAGAUGAAUUUGUACAUGAAGAGAUGGGUUGAAUCCAAAAGCUAAAGAGAAAAGUUCAAGGGCAAGCCCACUGAUUACUACCACUUCUCCACUAACGAAGAGAUGGAUCUAGAUGAAUUUGUACAUGAAGAGAUGGGUUGAAUCCAAAAGCUAAAGAGAAAAGUUCAAGGGCAAGCCCACUGAUUACUACCACUUCUCCACUAACGAAGAGAUGGAUCUAGAUGAAUUUGUACAUGUUUUGCACAUUCCGAUUUUGAAUUUGGAGUUCAAUUGAAGAUUCAAAGCUAGUUGGUUCAAAAAAGAGGUUAGAGAUUUGGGGAACCUAAUUGGGUUGUACACAGAGUGGCACUCUCAUUUGCUGCUCAAUUACUCAUUCGAUCAGUUUGUGCAUGAAGUGCAACAAGUGGUGGCCACAAAAAGAGUCAAGGUCUAUUUGAUACUUGACUAAUUUAGCCUUGCUGGAGAGCUCCAAGAAACAAACAAGAAGAUAAUGUCGCCGUCCACACGAUCAUCAGCAUCUGCAAGAUCCAUAGCACUAAGGAUUAGGAGUGCGGCGAUGAAACGAUCAAGAUCAACAUCUGCCAUACCAAUAAAUGCAAGUAUUUCAGAGGUAGCUUCCUCCCCCAAAAAGCAGGUGACUCCACGAAAAAAGACUACUGCACAAAAGAAGUAUAAAACUACUAGAAAACCUUCCUCUCCCAAGAAGUGUCAAACUACAUCAAGAAAAGUGAAGCUGAUCAUGACUGCUGAGUUGAAGAAAGGAGCAUCAUCAAGUAAGUCGUCCAAAAAGUCAAGUUCCACAAACAACAAGGUCGCUGCUCAUGAUGAUGAUGAUGAUGAUGAUGAUGAUGAAAACGUAACCGGUGGAUUAAAGUUGUUGAAGCGAGGGAUGGUAACUAUGAGCCGCAUCACAAAUAGACUUAUCCGAGGAAAGAAGUUAACUGUCAAGUUCAAUGAUAAAGGGGAACCUGUUGGUAAGGUGGCAAAUGAAAUGCAGUCUUACAUAGGAGUGUUGGCUCGUACAAAGAUCCCAAUCUCAAUACCGGAUUGGAGAGACGUGGAUCCAGACGAAAAGGAAAAAAUUUGGGAAUCAAUAACGGAUGCAUUUGUCAUACCUAAAGAAUGUCGGAAAAUGGUGAUCACAUCAGCUGCAAAUAAAUGGAGAGAGUUCAAGAGCAAGUUGACCAAUUUAUACAUUAUCCCUUACAUGAAUGAACCUGAUCUCUUGGAAUUUCCACCGGAUGAUUACCGAAGCAUAACGAAGGACAAUUGGCAAACCUUUGUUGCUGACAGGCUUUCAGCUAGUUUUCUGGAAGUACGUGAGGCCCAAAUUAUGAAACGAAAGGAGAAUAAAUACCCUCACCGUAUGGCACGCAAAGGGUAUGCAAAUUUGCAAGAAGAAUUGUCUAAAAGUAUGCCGUUGGAACAACUGGAUCGAGCUACAAUGUGGAUUAAGGCAAGACAAGAUAAGAAUGGUCAGUUCAAACAAGCUGAGGUAGAGGAGACAGCAAAAAAAAUUGAAAACUUAAAGAAAAGGGAGGCUGAAGGGGAGAUCACCACAUCUGGGUCCGAUGAUGUGCUGACUAUUGCGUUGGGGAAUCCCGAGCAUCAUGGAAGGGUUAGAGGUGUUGGUGGGACUGUGAAGCCGGCUGCCUAUUUUCAUUUGCCAAAACGGCAGAGAAAUAUUGUGGAAGAGACAGUGAGGUCAUCAGUGAAGAAGAUAUUAGAGGAGAAUGAUUGUUUAAUUGCUAAGGAAAGAGCUAAAUGGGAGGAGGAGAGAGAUAGACAGUUGGCUGAGGAAAGAGCUUAUUGGAGUGAGAAGAUUGCAAGGAUAGAAGCAAAGAUUGACGGGAAGGAAUUGGCUGUUGACACACCCAAAUCUGCCACACUAGUCAAUGAAGUUGGUUCAGGACAAGGGAGCUGCUCCCGGCCAGGUGAAAAGGGUGUAAAUUAUAAUGGAGAAACUGAGAUAGUGAUAGCUGCAAAGAAGAAAUUGGAUUUAAGAGACGAUGUGAACAAUAUUGUACCUGAAAAGGAACUUGUGUAUGCCAUUGAUGAGAAGGCAAAACCAACUGCGGUAUUGGAAGAGAAGUCAAGAGGUGUCUUUGCUGUUCCAAGGGCAAGAGUAAAUGAUGCAGAGGUCUCAUUAUUAGGUCAGAAUGAGUGCAAACUGGCCAUUGAUUCGGUGGAAAACAUUGUAGCCAUUGGAACAAUCAUUAAUGUCGACCUUGAGACCAACCAGCAAACUAUCCAUGGCGUUUCAUUGGGAGAGGAAAAUGUACGCGUCUCUAUCAUUCGGACUUUGGUUCAUGAAGCUUUGCUACCAUUUCCCAUAAAAGAUGAGAUAGUGACGGUUAAGGAUGCCAUUGGGACUUGUGUUGCUUGGCCAAAGAACCUAGUCAUUACCCCUGCAGCAGAAGCCAAGAAAAAACUAAAGCGUAAAAAUCAAAAGAGGACAACAAUAGAUAUGUUGGAAGAUAAUGAAGAUUUGGGAAACCUGCCACCAAAUCUCCCAACAGCUGUGGGUGCCUUGUGCAUUUGGGCCAACCAUGAACUGCGAGAUGGGGCCACCAUCUACACCACUUUUGAUGCAGAAAUUUUUGGUCAUCGAAGGAAAGCUGUUGUCUUUAGAAGUGACAUCUAUGCCAUGGCAAACAUGUUGGAACUAUCAGGAGGUUGCAUUGUUUUUUUCAUGAGCUACCUUCAUGAUGUUUUGAAGAGGUCUAAGAUGACUGAGAUGGUAGCCUUUGUCGAUCCUGAUCAAACGGGUGCACUCGGAUGUGGAAAUCCUACUGAACGAGCUCGAUCUUUGUCUAAUCGGUUCCAAAAGGGAAAGCCUGGCCAGAUUUAUUUGGUGCCGUAUAACUCAGGUUCUCAUUGGAUGUUGUCUGCUGUGAAUCCCAAUGAAGAGAUCAUUUACUUCAUGGAUCCGUUAAAGAGGCGCCUCAUAACUGGUGAAUGGAAAACAAUUUUGGAUAACUCCAUUAAAAUCUACAAUGCGAACAAGAAUCGGAAAGGGAGGAAAUUAAUCCAGUGGAAAAAUCUUGCUGGAAUUCCUGAGCAAAAUGGUGGCAAGAGUUGUGGUUAUUGGAUCAUGCGUUACAUGAAGGAGAUAGUGGAAGACACAAAUUUGGAGUUUGCUACUAAGUGGGACAGAAGAACAAAUCUUGUUUACACAGAAAAUGAUAUUAAUGAAGUUCGGGCUGAAUGGGCGAAGCAUGUUAUGAAGUUUGCACAAGUGUAGUGCGCACAAAGAGGAUCUGUGGUAUAUGCGUAGUUAGGGCUAGCUGUUUUUGUGCAUAUUGACAUUGAAUGCAUAGCUAGAUUAUGGAGGGUUUUUUUGCCCAACUAAUAUGAUCGACUUUUGCCUUUAUCGAUCAUAUUUUGACCUCCUAACAGAUUACUCUUGUAGGAUGGAUUGAUGGUAAUGUUGAAUAUUGAUGUAGUUUGCUGGCUGAUUUAAAUGAAAUGGCUUUUGACUUGUUAUA